GGUUGUGAUGGAUCUGUGCUACUUGAUGACACAUCCUCUUUCAAAGGAGAGAAGACUGCAGGUCCAAACAAUAAUUCAUUGAGAGGCUAUGAUGUUGUUGAUGCCAUAAAGGCCAAGGUGGAAUCAGUGUGUCCUGGUGUGGUUUCUUGUGCUGAUAUUCUAGCCAUUACAGCUCGAGAUUCUGUUGUUCUUCUUGGAGGGCCUAAUUGGAAUGUAAAACUAGGAAGAAGGGAUUCAAAGACAGCAAGCUUGGCAGCUGCAAACAGUGGUGUGCUCCCACCUCCAACUGCUACCCUCAGCCAACUUAUCUCCAAGUUUCAAGCUGUAGGCCUCUCUACCAAGGACAUGGCUGCCUUAUCUGGAGCACACACAAUUGGGAAGGCAAGGUGCACUGUCUAUAGAACUCGCAUAUACAAUGACACCAACAUUGACAGAACAUUUGCCAAUGCAAGAAAGAAGAAUUGUCCAAUAAUUACUGGAACACCAAAGGACAACAAUGUUGCACCCUUUGACUUUAAAACCCCCAACCAUUUUGACAACAGCUACUACAAAAAUCUCUUGAACAAAAAGGGUCUCCUUCAUUCUGACCAAGAACUCUUCAAUGGAGGAUCCACUGAUUCAUUGGUUAGGACUUACACAAACAAUCAGAAGGCCUUCUUCGCCGACUUCGCGACGGCAAUGAUUAAGAUGGGGAACAUCAAGCCCUUAACUGGUUCACAAGGGAUCAUCAGAAGGAACUGUAGGAGAGCAAAUUAGAAAAAAGAAAAAAAAUCAGAUAAAGAUAAGUUAAGGCCUGUUUGGUUCUUGAUUUUCUGAAUUUUUGAAAGAAUAAAAGCGAAAGCGACGAAAACAAAUAAUAUCUUGUUUCUGUUUUCAUUUUUUCCUUUUGACAACUGAAAAUGAGAACAAAAGUAAAAUAGGCCCUUACUUUUUUAUUUUUUUUAAUUUUUCUUUUGAGUACAUAUACCCCCAAAAGUGGGGGAGGUGAUUUAAACUGUUUAGUUGUUUUUUCUUGCUUUGGAAAUUUGUUUGUUGUAAUCAAAAUAUUGUAAGGAAUAAAUUACAAAGAGUGUUUUGAUAA